UGGUUCGCCACUGCGAUUCAGGACUCGACGCGACGCUGCGCAGGCGUCCGUUGACGUCAUCGGGUCUAAGGCACGGGGUGUUAUACGCUUAUCAAUGAACGUACGACGCCUACGGCGAGUACCUGUUCUCCAGCCAGCGCAGCACCGGCGAACACACCCUCCGCCGAUCCUCCCUUACUCACACCGCCCUUGCGACCGCGUGCCCUACGUGCCCAUUCUCGUCGGUAGCCUUGCACUACCUGAUCGCCGUUCAUCGGCCAGGUGUACGGGCAGCGAGGGAUGAAAGCCGAUGCCGCAGAUACUCUACGACCCAUUUUCUCUCGCGUAAUACGAGAUCUGGACGGAAGACAGACGGAAGCAUCUCGCGCGUUUCUCUCAACUUUUUUAAUGAGGACUACAACUGUCGUGAAUUUAAAUCUCAGCUUGAAAUUAAAAUAUUCAGAGAACCUUAUCCUUAAAUUGUUUUCCGAGGACCGACUUCUGAGACCUUUUUCGAUUCUAUAACAGUGUCAAUAAUCGAGAUUCUGAUAACAGAGAUUCGUAUACAGAGUCGAACAUUAAUCUUCCACUUGCAUGUUUCGGUCUUACAAGAUUGUGCAAUGCAGCGAAACUCUCUUACUUCCAGCAGUUGCUGCUCGGUGCACACCUGCAUUUCCUCCAUUGAGUAAUUCGAAGCUCGAAUCGAUCGCCGGACCGCGCGAUUCGCCCUCAAUCACGAGCCGCAUCAGCGUCGCUUCGUCAUCAGUCCGAACUAUUAAUUAACAUUUAGAAACAUCGCGUAAGAUCUACCGUUUCCUCAAUGAAGAUAAACAGAAGAUACUGUUCUCCAAAAUUUAAUACGAAAUUUACAUUUCCAUAGAGACUCUCUUGUAAAAAUUAUUUGUAAAAAUAAAUAAGAGUAUCAAUGGUCAUCAUGGUGAACACUUCGAAAUUGCUCACAGUUUAUUGGCGACAAAAACUCACCCCGCCUUGUACCAACCGUGCAAUUUUAAUAGAAAACAAGUUUGCACGAGGACAUCCGCCGAUGUCGACGCACGCUUUCUCUUUCACAUUUUUCACUCUUCGCGAAACGUGUCUCGGCGAUCAUGCUGUGUUAUCACGAUUGCAGAUCCCGGCAUGCGAGUUGCGUUACACGGAUUUCUCGCCGAACCACGGCCUGUAAACAAAAUCGCCUCACGAAAUGUUCAUUCGCCGAAAAUGAAGUUAUUUUUCGAUCUAACAAUAAGAGACUGUUCAGAUUUCACAACUGUUUCUCUUCUAUUAUUUUCUUAAUAAAUAAAUAUUAUACGAACAAGUAAAAUCUUUUCCUCUGGCGGAGGAACAUCUCUAUCACUCCCACACCUCGUCAUUUCGGCUCUGGAAUAUCUCUUUGCGGUGACCGCUUAUAUUAACACCGCCCCUCUUGCAUACCAUUUACUUAUUCAUUGUAUAGUAUUGCAACGCAACCAGUUCUAACGCAUACACAUGCGAGGGUAUAUUUUUCUUUACCGUGCGCGGGCCACUCUGAUAUCCGAUGUAACCGUCGCGUCGGCGUGAGUUAAAACGCGAAUCGCGCAGUUGCCCAUAGCGUGUUCGCCGAACGUGUACUUCGCGGUGCGGGAACGCGCGUCUUUCUGUCGAGUGCGAUUCACUGAUUAAUUGCACAAAUAAAACAUAGUAAUAGACAAGUCAAUUCUCGUUAUAAGUGUAAGCUAUGUAAGAAAGUCAAAGGCCAAAUUACGGAGCGUGAUAAAAGUGUCGGUUUAAAAUGUCUUUCUAAUAAUAUGUAAAAAAGUAUAGUUCGACGUUUCGAGUAUACUUAGUUAUCUUCGGUUUUAUUAACUUUUAAUCUCGUCUCCUAUCUUUUUAUAUUACAUUAUUCUGUUGAAAGUAACUAAAAAUACAUACAGUCGAAACGUUCAACUAUUUUCUACGUACUAUUGGAAGUAAAUGAAUUUAAACCAUCUUUUUUAUCUUGCUCGUAAUUUUGCUACUGACCUUCUUAUGUAUCUUAAAACGUAAAUGUUAUCUUAAAAAUAUAUUUUUAUGUAUUUAAUGUAUAGAUACACUGAGCAUAUCUUCGAACGUAAUUUUACACAGUGCAUUAAAAAAUAAGAAAACUAACUGUGUAGAAGCAUAUGUAAAGGAAACGUCAUUAAAUAUCACUUUUUCAAAAACUAAAAAGAAAAUUAGAUUCUGUGCGACGACGGGUAUAGUGAUCAAUCAAACCUGGAGAAGAAAACAGUCUCGAGCACGAUCUUGAACGACAUUUCUUGAUUUCUUCAGAAUGAAAUUUGGCCACACGAUCGACGAGUCGCGGAAGAAAUAUCCGGAAAUCACGGACGAGCUUUUGACGAGUUUGCAAACAUGGGCGAGAGAACAAGGCCUUCCCAGAAUUCCCGAAGAGCAAUUGGCAUUAUUCGCGCACAGUUGUUACUUUGAUGUGGAGGCUACGAAACGAUGCAUGAAGGUUUAUUACAGAAUGCGAGCCACGGUUCCGCAAUUUUUUAGCGACAGGGAUACCAGCCUCGACUAUCUACAACACUCUUUGAAAGCCUUAGAGUUCGCGGUGCUUCCCAGACCCGAUCAAAAUGGUAAUCGGAUAAUUUUUCAUCGACUGAUGGACUCACGCCCGUCCCAGUAUGUGUUCAACGACGGCAUCAAGCUGCUGCUGAUGUCUGUUGACGCGAGCCUCCACGCGGACGGUUGCUCAGCGGGAUACAUAUUUCUCUUCGACAUGGCCGGCAUGCGACUCGGUCACUUGACCAGACUGUCCAUAAACAGCAUUCGCUGGUUCUUCGAAUACCUGCAAGAAGGCAUGCCGGUGAGACUCAAGAGCAUCCACGUGCUGAACGCGGUCUGGUUCAUGGACAAGGUGCUCGCGCUCAUCAGGCCGUUUAUGAAGCAGGAGCUUUACGAAAUGCUUCACCUUUACUCGGGCGACGUCUCCGACGUGUAUCCACAUAUACCGCCCGAAUGUCUGCCGAAGGACUUCGGCGGGCAAUUGGAUUGUGUCGCAAGCCUUCAUAAAGCGCACUGCAUGAGGCUGGAUCAUUUGCAGAAUUAUUUCCGGGAGGAGGAAAAGCUGUUUCGCAAUUACUCGCCCGACAAGGUGAGGAUGAGUCAAAGAAUUACGCCGGACGCUAUCGAGGAUCUAACAGAUCGCCACAAUGGCGAUGACAGCUGAUGCAGGAUUUAACGUGUAAAAAAAGAAAAAGAAAAAACAGGGUUAGUUAGUUGGUACGUAUGUACAUAUAUGUAUAACAAAUAGCGCAAGUUACUUACGGUAUAAUGUGCAGUUAAAUAAAGAUACAAUCAUGUAUCGUCUGCGUGAAGUCGACUUCACGCAGACAGUCGCAUCCUUGACACCAAAAA